AUCCAAAUGAAUCAAAAAAAAAAAAAAAAUUCACCAAGAAUUUAAGAAGUUGCUUAACGCUUCUAUUUCCACUUGGAAAUUGACUUCACCCCCACUUUUUUUUUUUUUUACCAACCAAACGCCGCCGUUAAAAACACCGUCAGCCACCACUCUACCCUCACUCCGACCCUAAAAGUAUGGAAAUUUUCACACUUCCUCUCACCCUUAUUCUCAUCCUCUGUAUCAUCACCUUCACUCAAUCAGCUCCCAUGUUCUUGGGAAAAUAUGCUAAAAAACCCAACAAAUUAUCAUACAAAUAUGAAACUAAACACUUUACUCAACGACUUGAUCACUUUAGUUUCCAUGAUUCUGGGAGUUUUUCUCAGAGGUUUCUUAUUAAUACCAAUAACUGGGUUGGAGCAAAGCGAAAGGGACCCAUCUUCAUGUAUUGCGGGAACGAGGGUGAUAUUGAGUGGUUUGCUUCUAAUUCUGGGUUUCUUUGGGAUAUUGCGCCUCGCUUUGGUGCCAUGCUUCUCUUCCCUGAACAUCGUUAUUACGGAGAAUCAAUGCCUUAUGGAAGCAAAGAGGAAGCAUAUAAAGAUAAAAAUACCUUAUCAUAUCUCACGGCAGAACAAGCAAUUGCUGAUUAUUCUGUGUUGCUCAGGGAGUUAAAGCGAAAUUUUUCUGCUGAAGGUUGUCCUGUUGUAUUAUUCGGGGGAUCUUAUGGUGGAAUGUUAGCUGCAUGGAUGAGACUCAAGUAUCCCCAUCUUACAGUUGGUGCACUUGCUUCUUCAGCACCAAUACUUCAAUUUGAAGAUAUUGUCCCACCCGAGACAUUUUAUAACAUUGUCUCCAACAAUUUUAGACGUGAAAGUACCAGCUGUUUCAAUACAAUAAAGGAGUCAUUGGAUAUGCUGCAAUCUAUGGGUGAGAAUGCAGAUGGCCUGAAACAGCUUGCAAAAACAUUCCAUCUCUGUGGGGAGUUGAAGACCGCUCAGGAUCUUUCUGACUGGUUAUCAUCAGCUUAUAGUUAUUUAGCUAUGGUAAAUUACCCGUAUCCUUCAGACUUCUUGAUGUCAUUGCCUGGACAUCCUAUCAGAGAGGUAUGCAGAAGGAUGGACAGCGCUGCUGAUGGUACCAGUGUUCUUGAUCGUAUAUUUAAUGGAGUGAGUGUUUAUUAUAACUACAGUGGGGGGGUCGACUGCUUCGAACUGGAUGAUGAUCCUCAUGGAAUGAGUGGUUGGCAAUGGCAGGCGUGUACAGAGAUGGUAAUGCCAAUGUCGAGUGAUCCUGACCAAAGCAUGUUUCCAACAUUUAACUUCAAUCACACUUACGAGCAAGACCGCUGUAUGAGUUUGUAUGGAGUAAAGCCACGAGGGAGCUGGAUAACUACUGAAUUUGGUGGACAUGAUUUUAAGACUACCUGGAAAAACAGUGGGAGUAACAUAAUAUUUGCAAAUGGGUUAUUGGAUCCGUGGAGUGGUGGCAGUGUCCUGCAAAAUGUCUCAGAAUCACUAGUUGCCCUUGUUACAGAGGAAGGAGCCCAUCACCUAGAUUUGCGAGCUUCAACUCCCAACGAUCCCGAUUGGCUGGUCCAACAGAGGACGUCUGAGAUUCGAUUGAUUAAAGGUUGGAUUGAUGACUACAACCAAGAGACGAGCUCUGCUUUCGUUAUGUAAAUAUUGUAGGUUUUAUACACCUUACGCGGUUUACAUGUAUUAGUUCCUACCCCAAUCAUUUGUUUGGGAUUUAAAUUGGGGAGGGGGGGUUGGGGGUAUAAGGCUUGUAAAGGGCCUCUUGGUGGGGGCUUGUGCGAGGGAGGAUUUCGAUUUCUUCUUACCUGUAAAAAAAAAAAAUGUAUUAGUUCCUUUUUUUGGGCUUCUAACACACUUCAAAAAAAGGGAAAGAAAAUGUAAAGGCAGCAAGGGGUUUUGCCUUCGAAUUGAGUAGCGAGUCUUCUUUCUACUCGAUCGAAACUUGAAUCGGAUGAUAGUUUUAAUAACCACACUUGUAAAAAAAAAUCUAUGGAGUUGCUACUUGAUGUAACAGUAAACAUAGUGGUGAAUGUUUCGGAUUAGCUCUAAUCAAGAAUUGUUCCUGAUGCUUUCCGAAAACAAUUGUUCUUAAUAAUGUUCUUGAAAGCUAGACCGAUCGAGAGUGAAAAAUAAUUGUUCUCUCGUUUUUACGAGAUUUUGGCUUCA